AUGGGCCAAGGCCAUGACCCCCCGAAAUCCCCACCGGUAGCGCCACCGUUACUCCGCCGCAUCCACGACCUGGACAACGCCGUCUCCUUCUACAUCCACACUCUCACAAGCUCCAUUGCCCCAAAACCCCUCCUCCGCUUCCUAGAGCUUUUGGCGGACUUCCGAUUCUUCUUUCCAGUCUCCUUCGCCCUCUUCCUAGGCACCCCCUCCUCCUCCCCUCUCCGCUCUCACCUCCUCCUCCCUCUCCUCCUCUGCUCCCUCCUCGACCUCCUCUUCAUCGCCCUCGUCAAAUUUCUCGUCCGCCGAUCCCGCCCCUCCUACGCCAACCAUUCCCAAUACAACGCCGUGGUCCCCGUCGAUAACUUCUCCUUCCCCAGCGGUCACUCCUCCAGGGUCUGCUUCGUCGCCUCUGUCUUCUCCCUCUCCCGCCCCUCUCUCCUCGCUGAUCUCCACCAUCCACGUGUCGCCAUCUUCGUGCAUCGCUGGUUUGGCGGAGAUCAGGCCCUCGCCGUUGAUCUUCUCGUCGCGGCCGUUUGGGCCUGGGCUGUGACCACAGUAAUUUCUCGCAUCGCUCUCGGGAGGCAUUACGUUAUCGAUGUCUUCUUCGGCGCGUGCUUCGGUGUCCUCGAAGCGCUCUUCACCUUCCGCCUUCUCGAAUUUCGAGGGUUGCUUUGA